AUGGCGGAUGUUUCCCAACAACAAACAAUACCGCAUGGUUUCACCGGAGCAGCAUACCCGGAUGUGUUCAAUCUAAAUGCAAUGCCAACUCAGUCAAAUGAACUUAAGCCCGGUCAGCUUUCAGAAAGCAAGAUACGACAGUUCUUUGAAGACGGAUACCUAAUAGUGGACAACUUUUUCACACGUGAAGAAUUGGACACGUGCAGAAACGCCGUCAAUGAACAAGUGGAACACUUAGCACAGAAACUCUAUAGGGCAGGCAAAAUUAAGAGUUUGUAUACCGAGUUUGGAUUCUUUGACCGAUUGAGUAAAUUAGAAGAGGAAUUCCCCGGGGCCAAUAUUAUCCUUCACAAAGGCGAUGGUUUACCAGAGGCAUUUAGAAAUUUGUGGACAAAUGUACGCUUACUGAAUGUAGUAGAACAGCUAAUUGGUCCAGACAUAGCCGGACAUCCGGUCUGGAACUUGCGCACGAAAACACCUCAGAACGAGGCUACCACCGUGCCCUGGCAUCAAGACUCUGCCUACCUUGACAAUGAUUCCUACCAAGUGCUUCAACCUACGGCUUGGAUCCCCCUUGUGGAUGCUAAUGAACAAAAUGGAUGUAUGCAGGUUAUUCAUAGAGGCCACAAAACGGGAAUUGUGGGUAACCAUCAAUGUUGCUAUGGUGGCACUUGGUAUGUCAUGCUCGAAGAAAAAGAAAUGCUGAAAACUUUGGGUGCAGAGAUUCCAGACGACAUACGGACAUGUCCUGUUCUAUAUGGCGGCAUGCUGCUUCUGAACAAUGUAACCCCACAUCGAAGUUUACCAAACAUGACACAGGAAAUUCGUUGGAGUUUGGAUCUUCGUUUCCAAAACCCAAAUCUCCCUUUUGGAUUUUAUGGAAUGAAGAAAGGAGUGGUCAUGCGAAAAUCAACCGAUCCUGACUACAAGAUCCCGUGGCAGGACUUCCUGAGCGUCGAUAGACGGGCCAAGCAGAGACAGGCUGUCAAGGACUUGGUAGAAAAUGAAUCGGACCAAGAGUUCAGCACCACUUUGGAAGGGCCUUGGAUGAGGAAAUGGGAAAUUGUACACACAAACCAGCACACAAAACGGGCUGAAAUAGAAAAUAGCUCGUGGGAGGAAUGCAAGGCUUGA